AUGGCUCCGGCCGCUGACCGGGAGGGCUACUGGGGCCCGCCGACCUCCACCUUGGAGUGGUGCGAGGAGAACUACGCCGUCUCUUACUAUAUCGCCGAGUUCUGGAACACAGUGAGUAACCUGAUUUUCAUUCUACCUCCAAUCUAUGGUGCGAUUCAGACCUACAAAGAAGGCCUGGAGAAACGAUAUUUAGCUGCAUAUUUGUGUCUUACAGCUGUGGGAUUGGGAUCUUGGUGCUUCCACAUGACCCUGAAGUAUGAAAUGCAGCUGUUGGAUGAGCUGCCAAUGAUAUACAGUUGUUGUGUGUUUGUCUACUGCCUGUAUGAAUGUUUCAAGUACAAGAACACAGUCAAUUAUCCACUGCUCUUCUUGUUAAUAACAUACAGCUUUGUAGUCAGCAUAGUGUACUUGAAUUUGAAGGAACCUGUAUUCCAUCAGAUCAUGUAUGGGACACUAGUUUCCAUUAUAGUUCUACGAUCUGUUUAUAUAGUAUUAUGGGUAUACCCAUGGCUUAGAGGUCUAGGCUAUACAUCUUUAACUGUAUUUUUAAUGGGAUUUUUUCUCUGGAAUGUGGACAACAUUUUCUGUGAUAAAUUGAGAGCACUACGAGAGAAGAUGCCUCCUGUUGUGGGAGCUGUGACACAGUUUCAUGCAUGGUGGCAUAUUCUCACAGGCCUGGGCUCUUACCUCCACAUCCUGCUUAGUUUGUACACAAGGACACUUUUCCUGAAGCACAGGCCAAAGGUGAAGUUUGUUUUUGGAAUAUGGCCUGUCCUCCUUGUGGAACCACCCAAGAAGCUUUGACCAAGAGCCCAGCAG